AUGUCGAAUGAAACACCCGUAGGCUUACAGGAGACUCAAAACCCUGGAGAUACUGCUCAGCCCGUAGAAGAUGGUGGUGUACGUGCGUGGUCCCAGGUUUUCGGCGCCUUCCUGAUUUUCUGGAACAUCUGGGGCCUACCGAUGUCCUUUGGCGCAUUUCAAUCAUUCUAUACUCUAGAAUAUCUCCCAACAUAUUCAUCCUCGGCGAUCUCAUGGAUUGGAACACUAGAAGGAGCCUUAUUGAUUCUCCUGGGUGUGGUCUCAGGUCCACUCUACGACCUUGGAUAUUACCACGUCCUGUUAUAUGCCGGCAGCUUUCUCACAGUCUUCGGAAUGAUGAUGCUUAGUAUUUCCACCGAGUAUUAUCAGGUCUUCUUAUCGCAGGGCGUUUGCGUUGGUGUGGGCUGUGGAUUGCUAUAUGUUCCUACGAUGUCGAUGAUUGGAGGAGCGUUCAAGAAUAAAAGAGCGAUUGCUAUGGGCUUGGUAACUUCCGGAACUGCUCUAGGAGGUAUCAUCUACACCAUCAUUUUCUCGGAACUCAUCUCUCGAGUGGGAUUUCCCUGGACCGUCAGAACCAUCGCAUUCGUUAGUCUGGCCACUUUCGCUAUCGCCCUUCCAGCUAUACUUGGACCUCGAGUGAAAGUGAGCGGGCCUGCCAGGUCACUCAUAGAUCCGACCGUGUUCACCGACCUGCCAUUCCUCACAUUUGCCGCUGCGCAAUUCUUCAUUUUCCUGGGAUACCUAGUCCCGCUGUUCUAUAUCCCUAUAUUCGCUCAAGUAGCUGUGAAGACGGACAAAUCACUUGCGUUGUACUUAUUAGUGGCUUGCCAAGCAGCUUCUCUCUUCGGUCGACUCUCCGCUUCAGUUCCUGCUCACUAUUUUAGUGUCAUGCUUCCCUGGGUGGCAAGCUGCGGUGUGUCUGGUAUAUUGUGCUUCUGCUGGAUAGUCAGUGAUAGGCUUCCUGCUUUCAUCGCUUUUUGUAUUCUAUAUGGCUUUUUCGGCGGAGCACUAAUUGCGCUUCCACCAAGCAUCUUUCCAGUUCUCUGUCCAGAUCCAAACACUCUUGGAUCUCGCAUGGGGCUUUCAUGGACGACAUCAGCUUUAUCUUUCGUGAUCGGAACCCCAGUUGCAGGUGCCAUCAUUGAUCUUCAACACGCCAAUUUCCUAGGUGUACAGGUGUGGAGCGGUGUGACUUUGAUGGUUGGAACAGUGCUUUUAGUAGCGCUUUGGAUCAUGCUAUACCGCAGUAAUGGACGUGUUCUCAUUUAG